ACUAAUUCCUUUAACUAACUAACUAAUUUCUCUAUCUGAAUAUUCCAUCAGAAAAACGGUUUUGAACUUUUAACUCAGCUCUCUCACCAUUUCAACUCAUACAAGUCUUCUUUCUGUUCUUCGAACUUUCAAGAACCCAAACUGAAACUUCUGGAUCCUUCUUUCUCUCUGACUCUAGUUUACUUACUCACCUCACUUCUCUUAUUUCCCAUCACAAAACAGUUCCAACUCCAAUCUUCAGUUACGCAUUUUCACAAACACCUUGCUCCCAAUGGCACAAGACACCACCGUCACCCUCUACAACUCCACCACCGCCAGCAUCUACCACCUCGCCACCGCAAUCACCGAUCCAAUCCAUAAAUACUACGCAUUCAAUGUAGCCCUCUCCCAAUCCCUCCGCAACGGCGCAAUUUUCCAAGUCACCAAUCUUUAUCAAGCUAAAAUUGCCGAAGAAGCAGGUGCAUGCGCCGUCGCUGUCCUCGACCAAAUCCCCGCCGGAAAACUCAUCGUUUCAAGAAUGUCCGAUCCUUCCCUUAUCAAAUCCAUCAAACAAAAUAUCUCAAUCCCCGUCAUCUCUGCCGCAAGAAUCGGCCACUUCGUCGAGGCGCAAAUCCUCCAAGCCAUCGGCGUCGAUUACAUCGACGAAACCGAAAUUCUCACUCCAGCCGACGAUCAGAAUCACAUCAACAAACGCAAUUUCAAAAUCCCGUUCAUAAGCGGCGCCCGCAGCCUCGGCGAAGCACUUCACAGAAUCAGAGAAGGCGCAAUCAUCAUAAGACUCCAAGGAGAGUUAACAAACUCAGGUAACAUUUCCGAAACCGUCAAGAGCGUAAGGUGUUUGAAGAAAGAACUGAGAGUCCUCAGUAACAUGGAUGAUGAUGAAGUUUUCACUUUCGCCAAAAAAAUCGAAGCGCCUUAUGAUCUUCUAGCGCAAACCAAACAGAUGAGGAGAUUUCCUGUUUUGCAUUUUGCCUCCGGCGGGAUUACGACUCCCGCCGAUGCGGCGCUGAUGAUGCAACUGGGCUGUAAUGGAGUGUUUGUGGGGUCUGAGAUUUUUGACUAUGGAGAUGCUUUCAAUCGUGUUAAGGGUAUAGUUCAAGCUGUUAGGAAUUACAAUGAUCCUCAUGCUUUGGUUGAAGCUAUGAUGAUAGGUCUUAGUCUUGGUGGUGAUGGUGAUAAUAGGAUUGAACAUGGGUCGUUUGAUGAUGAAGAUGGGUCGUUUGAUGAUGAAGAUAUCUAGUUUUUUCUUUGUUGUAUUCUGUUUUACUCUUUUGUGUUGUUGAUAUAGUACACUGAUAAUAGCAUUACAUGAUUUUGUGUCAUUGGUUAGUAAAAAUAAAGAUUCUGUAUCAAUAAGGAUUGUGUUGAUAUAUGAUAAUGAUAGCAUUCUCAUGAUUCUGUAUCAAUGAAGAUUGAAUAUUUUUGCAUUGUUUUGCAUCUUGGGUGUUCUGAAUUUCAUUUGGUGAUGAUAAUGUGUAGUUUUUUUGGUUUGUUUC